GUAACCCCCCCUCCUCCUCUCCUCGCGCCGACCGUCUGUCGCAAAGGGUCACAAAAUUGUUGCUGAUGUGGUCUGGCCGGUGUUUGACAGUCAAUUACUCAAUGAGAUUAUGCCCAUGAUCUACAAACGAUUUACGGAUAAGACUGCGGAGGAAUGGCGGCAGAUUUACAAGGCCCUACAACUGCUAGAAUUUCUUGUUAAGAACGGGUCGGAACGUGUUGUCGACGAUGCGAGAUCUCAUAUGUCGCUUCUCCGGAUGCUCCGCCAAUUCCAUUUCAUCGAUAACAACGGGAAGGACCAAGGGAUCAAUGUCAGAAACCGUGCCGCGGAGUUGGUCAAGCUUCUGGGCGAUGUUGAUAUGAUCCGCUCAGAGAGAAAGAAGGCCAAGACCAACCGUAACAAGUUCCGCGGAUUUGAGGGUGGCUCGGGCAUGAGCGGUGGCAUGGGCAGCGGUGGCAUAGGUGGCUCCGGAAGCCGAUAUGGAGGCUUUGGCAGUGAAAGCCUUUCUUUUGGCGGAUACAGCGGAGGUGUUUACGGCGAUGGUGGUGGAUUUGGAGGCGACACUAGCGAGUUCCAGGAUACCGCACGGCGCUCUAAUCGGUUCGAAGAAUACGACGAAUAUGAUGAAGCGGACGCUGCUCCAUCGCGACAGCACAAGUCCAGCCCUCCCCGUACCCAGCGCGAAACAAAGCAGCCGGAGCCCGCGAAAGCAGCUGCCCCUGAUCUUGUUGACUUUCUCGAUGACGAUUACACCCCCUCGGCGCCUGCACCCGCCUCAACAACCUCCGUCGCUGCUGGCAAGCUACCUGUGGGCGGCAGCAAUAGCUUGGACAUGCUUCAGCCGGCUCCGGUUGACGAUGACGACUUUGAUGACUUCCAAUCGGCCCCGCAGGCAGCACCGUCUAGCACAUUCUCCAUCCCUGCUCCUGCAUCAACCGUCAGCACAACCUCAAGUACCCAGUUCGCAGCACCUCGUCCAGUGUCUGUGACACAAGGGUCGAACCUUAACGGCAUUGUCGGGUUUACCUCGAUGCCUCCUACCCCUACAUCCAGCGGCGUUACAUCCCCCACGCUUUCCUCGCAGGGUUCGCGGCCAGCAGCCCAGCCAAAGCCUACUGGAUUCCAAGCAGCGACUCCCAACUACUUCACCUCAGUUUCGACAAUGCCAUCGCAGGCACUUUCUGGCGCUGCCGGCCACCGACCAGGCAUGCCCUCGACUUCCUCUUUGUCAUCCCCAACUGCAGCGGCUCCUUCCCUAGCCAGCAAGCCUGCGGCCUCCAAACCCUCUGGUGACGCUUUCGGAUCGCUAUGGUCGAGCGCCAGCGCCAGCGCCGGCAUACAGAAAACCUCCACAAGCACCAACAAAGGACCCAACCUUGCUAGCAUGGCCAAAGAGAAGGCAAGUGCAAGCAUCUGGGGAACACCAGCCGCGUCCAACCAGUCAUACCAACACCAACAGCAAGGGGCACAGACGGGUAGUUCCGGGCUGGACGAUUUGCUGGGCUAGCCCCGGCCGUCUUAUAUUCUUUACAUUUCCAAUUUUUUCCUUUUUUUCGAUUAUCACCUUCUUGGGUAAUGUUUUCUCCUGUUGUGUAAAUCUGAUUUCCCUGUGUGUCUACGUUUUGCUGUUUGCUGGAAAAUAAAAUUCCCUUGUUCAUUUGCUGUUCCUACCAAUACCUAAUCGACGAUCCCAGACUGAAGAAAACAAGCACCGAGACUUCCGAGUAACUACUGCCAACCCUG